AAUCUUGUGAUUGUAGAGCAUCGUGAAUUUUAUUUUGAUAACGAAAUUCCUGAUGUUAUCGAGAUAAAAAGUGUUUUCUUGUGUAUAGUUUCUGCGGUGUCCGUUUGUUUUUGUGUGGAAUGUGAUAUCAUCGCCUUCCAAGUGGAGCUGCUCAAGAAACUGCUCGCCAUGGCUGGCGCGGGCCCAUCCGACGGCGAGCCCGACGGAUGGGUUGAGUUCUGCGAGCGACAGGCAAAGACCGCCGCCCAGGACGUCGCCAAGGCGUGCCUGCACUACGUACAUGCCAGCAACGAUCCAGUCCGGCCGCCGCCGCCCUCACACAAGGAUAUUCUCAAAAAAUUCGUCGACUGUUUCUCGGAACAGUUUGAGUACGAAAUAGUCAAAUUAAAAACUCAACACAAGGUUCCUAAUGGGACGCACGCCCACGACGAAAGUGAUUAUUCCGAAGAUACAGACUCUCCGAAGAUACAGCACAAACCGUUCUUCCGGAGGUUGUCAUUCAAAGGGCUGAGGCGCGGCAAGGGUUUGUUUCACAAGCAGCACUCGGAUGAAGUGGAACUGUCGUCGAAUCUCAACAAACAAAGUAAGACUAAGCUAGCUAAGAUAGUGGUAGAGUGUAGGAAAGAGGGCUUAGUGAAUUAUUUAACUCCGGAAAGUUUGGAACAGCCCGGAGGCCCACAGAAAUGGGAGAAAUGUAGACUGGCGUUAGUAAAGACUGUCGGUGGCUAUAUGCUGGAGUUCUACUCCCCACCCAAGGCCCAGAAGCCUAGAAGCGGAGUGUUCUGUUUCCUAAUAUCAGAAGCUAGAGAAACAACUGCAUUAGAGAUGCCUGAUCAUGAAAAUACAUUUGUAUUAAAGGCAGACAACAACAUGGAGUAUGUAAUAGAGGCAGCGGACGUGGACGAUAUGAAGUCAUGGUUGGCUACGAUCAAGUAUUGCAUGCGGUCGGCGCCGACGUCACAGCCGCCGCCGGAGUCGCUGGCGGGGCUGCCCGAGCCCGCACCACCCGACCUGCCACCGAGAAGGGACCUGCCAGCUAGCACUAGCAAUGCUGACCUUGCUACUGACACGCCCGAGGAGGCUGAACUAGGUUCGAUAGCGGAGGAGGCGUGCGAGCCCCGCGUGAGCCUGUCGGAGUGGCCGUGGUUCCACGGUACGCUGGCGCGGUCGGCGGCGGCUGGCUGCGUGCUGGCGGGCGGCGCGGCGCAGCAUGGCUGCUACCUCGUGCGCCAGAGCGAGACGCGCCGCGGGGAAUACGUGCUCACAUUCAAUUUCCAGGGUCGAGCAAAGCACCUCCGAAUGACUCUCUCGGAGACCGGGCAGUGUCGAGUCCAACACCUCUGGUUCCCUAACGUCCACGAGAUGCUGGAGCACUUCCGCACCAACCCCAUACCGCUGGAGUCAGGGGGCACUGCUGACGUCACGCUGACACAGUACGUCGUCUGCCAAGACGACCGUCACCAACUGGUAACCCACGGCAGUGACGUGCGCAUGCGCCGUGCGGAGCUGGAGGCGCUGUCAGUUGCGAGUGGUGCGCACCACGACACUCGCGCCGUCGACAAUCAGUAUAGCUUCGUCUAGGUAAUAUCACCAUCAGCCGGAAAUCAUCUACUGCUGGACAUAGGCCUCCCCAAGACACACCCCACAUACAACAUACGUCGUUUUACACAGACACUACACAUUGACGUUAUCGUACACGUGCAUCUGUGUGUGUGACGUCUGACACCAUACUAAAGCAAGACCGAGGGGGUGAGGUAAACCUAGCUUAGCCGUUAGUGGGGAGCGGAGAGUUGGCGUUCCAUGCGUAGUAUUGUUCCUUAUUCUAUGCCCAUGCUCGUCAUAAUGACCGAUGCUCUGCUGCCCGCAUCCAGCGUUUUCGCGCGACCUUCAGGUCAUCGGUCCACCUUGUAAGGGGGGGGCUACCUACGCUGCGCUUUCCGAUCCGCGGUGGUCACUCGAGAAUCCCACGGCCCAUCGGCCGUCCAUUCUACGAAAUACACUUCUCAUCAAAAAAAUCGAAACACUUCCGUUUUCAUUGUUUCUGUCCGAAUUUAACACAAAAAAGAAUUCAUACGAUGAAAAAAAAUACAUAAAUGUAUAGCUGGCAGUUUGGCCAUUACAGUAAUAAGCGAAAAUUCUAAAUUCAAAAUUAGAAUUUCAUUUGUUUAUCUUAUAAACGAAAUGAAUCACUGUUUUGAGACAAAUGUGUGUUUAGGGUUGGAGUACAUUUAGCGUUUAAAAACUAAAAAUUGGCGCCUAUCCUUAAACUUUUUGUUUUUUAUUUCAAUACUGUG